AUGGCUAGCCUUGGUACCUUGUGUCUUUGUGGAGCUUUAUUCCUCUUGGCAAUGGUGUUUCCUCUAGAGCAUGGCUUGGGGGUGGGUCAGGUGGGACCAGCUUCUGUGGGGGCUCUGUCUGGAGCCCCUUCCCUACCCCUCAUUCAGGUGCUUCUGGGCAAGGCCCCACCCAAGACCAGGCCGCAGGGGCGAAAUAGGCGUAUAGCCAGAGGACAGCCACUGCGCUACAUGCUGAACUUGUAUCGGAGUGUCGCCGACAGGCACGGUCGCCCGCGCAGGAACCGGAAGCUGGCCACCAAUACCAUCCGUCUGGUCAAGCCCUUUGCCAAGGCCCGCCAGCCUGGAGCAGGUCCCUGGUUGGUCUGGAAUCUUGACUACCGCCUGGAAAUCCAGCCACAAGUGGAGCACCUGGUGAGGGCCACUCUAGUCUAUUCUCAGACUUUGUCCCUGGCUCAAGGCGAGUUCUUGUGCACAGCUGAGCUGCUGUCUAGCAAAGACGCCAUCCCUAGGACCACCCUUAGCCUCACUUCACCACGGGUUGGCAAGAGAAACGCUACUGCCUUUUCGACCAAAGACAGCUGGGUGGAGAUGGACCUUUCCACAUACCUUCAGCCGUGGGUCUGGGCUGCCCAGAACAGUCAGGUCCUCCAUGUGAGGCAUGCAUGUGCCUACGUUGGGCAGCCUUGGGGCUCCAUCCCUGAUCCUGGAUGGGAGGAUGCAGUGUCCCUGAAUGACCCCUUCUUGUUGCUUUACCUCAAUGACACUUUGGGUGGACUCUGGACCAGGCUGGGGGGCUUGGGCUCAGGUGAGGCGCCUUUUGAAGAGAAGCGUCUUAGGCGACCUGUUCAGACACGCCAGGCUCGCCAAGCAGGCAAUCUUGCCCUGGACCUCCCCAGCUACCUUCGCACAAACAGCAUCAAGAAGAGAGAAUGUUCCCUCCAUCCCUUCCGUGUCAGCUUCCAGCAGCUGGGCUGGGACCACUGGAUCAUUGCUCCGCAUUCGUACCAGCCCCAAUACUGCAAGGGUAAUUGUCCCCGCAUCCUGCACUUUGGCUACCACUCCCCAAACCACGCCAUUAUUCAGAACUUCAUCAACGAGCUGGUAGACAAGAGUGUCCCGCCUCCCUCCUGUGUCCCCUAUGAGUAUAGCCCAAUCAGCAUCCUCAUGAUGGAACAGAAUGGAACCAUCCUUUACAAAGUGUAUGAGGACAUGAUUGCAAAAUCCUGCACUUGUCGGUAA